GUGUGAGUGCCUACGGUGACAUGUUUCAGCGCUUAUUUGAAACUUCUUAUUGACCGACGGUUAAGACAAGGUUUUCAGUUACUCUCUGUGGUUUGUCCCUUGCGAGUGCUUGCUUCGUCUUGCGCCAACAGGAUGUGUGUUUCGUCCGUUUCGUGAACCGUACUCGUCGAUAAGUUGUGCUAAAGACGUGCAGCACGUGCGUGUCAUCCAUUCAUUUGUGCUAUCAAGUUCUUCGACGACCGCGUUACGAGUUUUGUAUGUCGCAACUGCGCUUCGCCUGACACCACUGCCGACACGAUGCGUUUCUCAGUCUCUCAUACUUGUAAGACGAGCAGCGGCCGCUGCGGCGAGAUUUGGGGCCUCCAAGGGGCCUCCGACGCCGAGCGCUUCUCGACACCGAUGUGCCUGCUGUACACGCAUGCCGGCAGCGUGCCUCACCUGACGUGCGACAUGCUGCACAAAAUCAAGGGCGUCGACCAUCACCCCGCGCUCUUCCCCUUGCCUCCCAUCGCGAACUUCGCAAACUCGGUUCAAGAGUUCGGCGCCGGCAUUUCCAAGUUUUCGGGCUUGCCCACGCAUCCAUCUUUUAUAAGAGUCCAGGAUCCCAUGAAGGCGACGCCGUCCGGAUUCAACGACAAGGCCGGGGUCUCCAUUUGGGACCAGGGAGGCCGCAUCCAUCUGAACGUUCCCAGUUUCAUGCGUAUCAUGGAGGCCUUCAAACCGUCUUGUUAUCAGGCGCUUUGCGAUAGCGAUACGCCCAAGGACGCCACGAGGAAGAGGCUCCAGCGAUCCGUGGAGAGGACGACUUCUCUGUUGGAUCAGUGCAUCGCCGCGAAGUCGGUGUCAAGCGCGCUUCGGGACACUUGCAUUCUCGGAACGGUCGUGGGCGGGUACAGCAGGGAGCACCGGCACGCGUCGGUGAUGGAGAUCUCCAAACGUGACGUAGACGGUUACGUCAUCGAAGGGUUUCACGUGGACGGCCCGGCGUCGAAGUGCCUGAAGUUCGAAGAGGUGAACGACCUCUUGGAGGCGGUGGUUGCCUUCUUGCCCGAAGACAAACCGCGGUUCAUGCACGGCGUGCUGAGGCCGGAGUUCAUACUGAAAGCCGCGGUGAACGGCGUCGAUGUUUUCGACGCCUCCUUCGCGACCGCGGUUACCGAUGGCGGAAUGGCUCUUUCGUUUAGCUACAACUGUGGCAACGACCUCGCGACGAUGCUCGAAAAAGACCUGUCUGAUCACCAACUCGCGCUGGACAUGAGGGAUUCCGGGUACAGGGACCAGUUCGUGCCUCUCGUGGAAGGAUGCUCGUGUUACGCGUGUAGACACUUCACGCGCGCCUACGUCAACCACUUGCUGAACACGGGCGAAAUGCUGGCGUACGUGUUACUAAGCCUGCACAACAUCCACCACUUCCUGAACUUCUUCGAGGCCAUUAGGAAGUUCUUAAAGCAGCGGCACUGAAAAAUUACGCGUCAUUUUUUACGUUCGCACAAAUCGCAUCACUAGAAACUCUAGUAGACGGGACCAUGGAAGGACAAUAAAACACACCUUUCAAAUGGGAACUAUAAUGGUCACCUGUGUCAGCGUCGUGAGUACAAACAGCUCAUCGAUGGUACAUUCACAGAGCAAGAGUGCACAGAAGUUGUAGACGCUCAUCCGGUGCUACGACUGUGUUGUAAUGUUACAGUUUCGGCAGAUGAUGCAUCUAAUCUGGCAUUGAGAAUACUGCUGCAUAUUAGGCGGGGUUUAUUUUUCGUGACAUCAAUAUUAGUGAUGCAGCCUGUCCAGCUGAAUCAGUGUACUGCAGCUUAAAAGUCUGUAGUCUCAACGAUUCCAUUGAAAGAAAGUCAGGAUGGUAGGAUGAGGAUCUAUGCA